AUGGACGCUUGGGUUCUCUUGCGUGAUAUCUUCCAAGAUCAUCAAACUUCUCGUGCGGUGACUCUCAAACAAGAAUUCACGACGACUCGUAUGGAGGAUUUUCCCAAUGCCUCCGUCUAUUGUCAACGUCUCAAGAGCCUUGCAGAUCAACUGAAAAACGUUGGGGCUCUCGUGACGAAUAGCCGCCUUGUCCUUCAACUGGUCUCGGGUCUUAAUGAAGCGUACAAAGGGGUUGGGACACAAAUUCGCCAUGCAAAAUCGCUUCUCCCAUUCACAGAGGCUCGGUCUUCCCUUGUUUUGGAAGAACGUGAACUUGCGGCAAUGGUGUCUCACGGGUCUGGUUCGGCUAUGGUGGCCUCGGUCGACGACACUCCACUGCCCUCAGACAAACACAAGCUCACGCCGAGGGAACCCAAAAAAUUCCCGCGGCCAAAAUUCGGGAACUGGCCGUAA